AUGGUUGUAGAUGGAACUAAAAAGCCUAAAGUUUCAGCACCAGUGGUAGCACCACCUCGCAAAAUCAAUGUGCAGAAGUUUGCAGAAUCUCGUGCUCCCGAGCUUCAGAGCCUUCAAUGUAUUGUUGAAAAUAGACUAAGCAAUGAUUAUAAGUCUCAAAGGAACAAGAGAAGAAGAACAACAUCGUUUAACGACCAAAUUGCAAGAAAGGGACACAGAAGAAAGAGGCGAAAACUGGGAAUAGUUGAUAAAGACGAUGGUGAAUUGGUUUUGAAUAAGGAAUCUCUAAUGCAGCUUCCUCGACGGGUUCGUCGAAGAUAUGAACUUAAGAGUAACCCUGAGAGUGGCCUUUGUACUUCUGGGGAUGGAACCAAGAGGCUGAGAACACAUGUUUGGCAUGCAAAGCGAUUUUCCAUGACCAAAUUGUGGGGUUACCACCUUCCUCUGGGUCUUCAUGGAAGAGGGAAAGGUUCGAGGGCGUUGUUGAAAAAGCUCAAACAAGGGGUGCUGGUACACGACGCAAGCUAUUACACUGCUGUUCAAUUGGAGGGUCCACAGGAUUCGUUAGUUUCAGUAUUAAGAAUGGUACUUGUGCCCUCUCCCGUAGAAGCAACACAUCCCAGAAAUCACAGUGAUUCUGUUCUUUCUGGUAUAACCUAUGGAACUGCAAUGCUUCAUCAAGUUGGAGCACCAGUUUCUCAGGCUAUUGCUCCGGUAACUUAUAUGUGGCGACCAACUUUCCAAGAAAACAUCACAGACCUAGGUGUCAGUGAUGAAAAAAUUAUUCCUGAUGUUGAUUUAUGUGAAAAGUCAGAAAGAUUGGAGUGUAGUUGUUCUUGUAGGCACCUUUGGGUGUGGAUACAUGCAUCUGCCUUUGAAGAAGGAUAUGAUAAUCUAAAACUUGCUUGCCAGAAAGAGAUGGAAAAGAGAGGCAUCUCGAUCACUUGUUCUUCUCUUGAGGGUAAACUUGCAAAGUUGGAACUAAUGGGAUCAGGGACAUUUCGACUUCUUCAGAAGAUAUUGCAUCCCGUUAAAAGUAUUUCAGAAAAUCAGUGGCAAGAAAACCAUGUUACUCAUAAUACAAAAUCUUCCAUACUGAAAAAUGAGGAACAGUUUUCUUCUCAUGCAAUGUUAUCUCUUAAUGUUAAGGAUCCUCGGGAUUUACUUGUGAAAAAGACUGUUGUUCGGACGGAGCCAAUUUCAACUAAGGCUCUAAGUGAUGUACAAGAAACUAGUUGCACAGAGCUUGCUGAUUUGGGAGGAACAUUAGGAAAGCACAAAGAAUUGACUUCUUUAUCUUGGUCAGAAUUUAGAGAUAGCAAGUCUGAUGUUGAUGAUCUAUGGUAUGCUACCACCAGAGGCUUGAAGCCUCCAGUGGAAGACAGUGUUCUUUCUAUGGAGAAGCACCGUGAACGCAGGGCUAAAUUCUGCCUUGAUGACAAAAAUGUUGGGGAAGCGAACUCUUACGAAGGGCCUUGCUCAAGAUCUUGCCCUAUUCUUCUUUUAAAAAAUGAUAUGAAGGAGUUGACCAUGGGAUGGUCUAUUAUACUUCCCUUAAGUUGGGUUAAAGCCUUCUGGAUUCCACUUGUCACUAAUGGGGCACAUGCAAUGGGUUUGCGAGAAAAGCAGUGGAUUGCAUCUGAUUCGGGGAUACCAUUUUUCCCUCAAGAUUUCCCAGAUUGUAAGGCAUACUCAUGCUUCAUGGCUGCUAAAGCUGCCGAAUGUGAUCAAAAGGAAGAACUUCGUUCUCCUUCUGUAAGGACUUUGAGAGUUCCCAUCCUGCCUCCAUGGGGUAUUGUACACACUACUUUCAACAAAGAGAUUAGCUCAAUGGAGACUCUAGACCUUUCAGCCGGGGAAGAUUCGAGCAAUGCUAAGUCUUGCCUUGACAACUUUAAAAUUUCAAAUUUCGACUCCGAGAAUUCAUUUGAUGGAACUGUAGCAAGAACAGGUUGUAUGCUUACUACAUUACUCAAUGACACCAAAACUGGUCAAUUGCUAUUGUUUCCUUAUGCAGAAGAUGGAAAGGCCAGAAUCUCUAAGUUUAUUAAGGGAGAACUAUUGCUUGAUACGAGCCAUAGAAAUUCUGUCAUUUAUGACCAUAAGCUAUGUUUUAUAAGAGUUCUUCUUCACCCAUUCAAGGAAGGCUUUUUUGAAGAGGGGGCAGUUAUUUGUGCGCCACGUCCUUCUGAUAUAUCUUUAUGGACUUCAAGUUCAGUGAAAAGUGAAGUGGGACUUAAACUGUCCGAAUCUGCUAUGAGAUCAUAUUUCAAAGAGAAUUCCUCCGGUAAAUGGGGAAUGCAGAUAUCAGAUGAUUCAAUUGGUAGAGAGUCUCACCGGUGGCCUGUUGGCUUUGUCACGACAGCUUGUGUUCAAGGAAGCAAGAGGCUUGUAGCAGAGGGAUUUUGUGAGGCAGUUUUACUAUCUGAUUUAAGAGCAGAACAGUGGAAGGAGAUGCCCCUAAAGCAGAGGAGGACGGAAAUAUUCGUACUUGUCAGAAACUUAAGAUCUGUUGCUUAUAGACUAGCUCUUGCUUCUAUUGUCCUAGAAUAUCAGGAAAAUGACAUCGACUUUUUGUAA